UAGAACCUCGGUACCCUCCCAUGCCUUCUGCUUCGGAGUCACUUCAGGGGAAACCAACCCUGCACCUGUGACUGCAUAUGUGGCCUUUGCCUCCCUGUUUUUCAUCCUCAUCUCCAUCACCACCUUCUGCCUGGAGACACACGAGGGCUUCAUCCACAUCAGCAACAAGACGGUGACACAGGCCUCCCCGAUCCCUGGGGCUCCCCCAGAAAACAUCACCAAUGUGGAGGUGGAGACAGAACCCUUCUUGACCUAUGUGGAAGGCGUGUGUGUGGUCUGGUUCACCUUUGAGUUUCUCAUGCGUGUCACCUUCUGCCCGGAUAAAGUGGAGUUCCUCAAAAGCAGUCUGAACAUCAUCGACUGUGUGGCCAUCUUGCCCUUCUACCUGGAGGUGGGCCUGUCAGGCCUCAGCUCCAAAGCUGCCAAGGACGUGCUGGGCUUCCUGCGUGUCGUCCGCUUUGUUCGCAUCCUGCGCAUCUUCAAGCUGACCCGCCAUUUCGUGGGCUUGCGUGUGCUGGGCCACACACUCCGGGCCAGCACCAACGAGUUCUUGUUACUCAUCAUCUUCCUGGCCCUGGGGGUCCUCAUCUUCGCCACCAUGAUCUACUACGCUGAGCGCAUUGGUGCCGACCCUGAUGACAUCCUGGGCUCCAACCACACCUACUUCAAGAACAUCCCCAUCGGCUUCUGGUGGGCUGUGGUCACCAUGACCACCCUGGGCUAUGGAGACAUGUACCCCAAGACGUGGUCUGGGAUGCUGGUUGGGGCGCUGUGUGCCCUGGCUGGUGUGCUGACCAUUGCCAUGCCUGUGCCCGUCAUUGUCAACAACUUCGGCAUGUACUAUUCACUGGCUAUGGCCAAGCAGAAAUUGCCAAAGAAGAAAAACAAACACAUCCCCAGGCCUCCACAGCCUGGCUCACCCAACUACUGCAAGCCUGACCCCCCACCUCCACCCCCGCCACACUCCCACCACAGCAGCGGUGGCAUCAGUCCACCACCGCCCAUCACCCCUCCCUCCAUGGGGGUGACUGUGGCUGGGGCCUACCCACCUGGACCCCACACACACCCCGGGCUGCUCAGGGGUGGUGCUGGGGGACUGGGCAUCAUGGGAUUGCCUCCUCUCCCAGCCCCUGGUGAGCCCUGCCCACUGGCUCAGGAAGAGGUGAUUGAAACCAACAGAGCAGUAGACCCCCGUCCCAAUGGGGAUCCCGCAGCCGCUGCACUGGCCCAUGAGGACUGCCCUGCCAUCGACCAGCCCGCCAUGUCUCCAGAAGACAAGAGCCCGAUCACCCCCGGAAGCCGGGGCCGCUACAGCCGGGAUCGAGCCUGCUUUCUUGUCACUGACUACGCCCCCUCCCCUGAUGGCUCCAUCCGAAAAGGUGAGGUGCCCCCCAGGAGCUCCCCAGAGACCCUUCCUCUUCAGCCCAGGGGAGGGAGGAGAGGGGAUGGGGUAGGUGCCAAACUUCCCUCUGUGUCCCCCUCAGCCCCAGACUACCUUCUUCCCUAUCCUUCUCCCUCGCCGUGAACCCCAAGUUUCCUCACCUUUCUUAUCUCAUCUCCAUCUCCCCCACCCACCCUGACUCUCCGGCCUGUUCCCUCAACCCCAGCCACUGGUGCUCCCCCACUGCCCCCCCCCAUACUGGCACAAGCCAGGUCCCCCAAGCUUCUUGGCCGACCUCAACGCCAACGCAGCGGCCUGGAUAUCCCCCUAGUGGACGAGCCCCCUUCCCCCUAGGAAACAACACAGCACCUUCUUUAGAAAUAGAAACACAUGAAGAAUCCUUGCUCUCGGCCUAAGGCUGUAUGGAACCCCCAUGUUCCAAAGACCUCCAGGGAGUGCCAACUGGGAGCAGACAGGUGUGAGAAGCUAGGCUUCAGGCUCCUAGCUCAGAGGGGUCUGUGUGCCUCCCACUUCCAUGUCGUUCCUACACCCACCCAUCACCUUCCAUGCCCAUCUCUUCACUCCCUCCUUCCUUCCUCCCAUCUCACCCCACCCCCGCUUGAACCUAGACCUCUGUUCCUUACCCCUUUGUUGGAGGGUUCCUGGUGGGAUGGAGGGCAAAGCAGAGUGUGUGGGAAAUCCCGGGGGGUGGGUGAGGCCCUUGCUUUUCUUGCAUAUGAUACCAAAAUCCAUUCACUGAACUCAAAUGAUGGCUGGAGCUGAUGGGGCUGGCUGAGUUCUCUGCCCCAAUAUUUCCCUACUUGCCUGCCUCUCUGCCCCAAUAUUUUCUUUCCUUACUGGCCUGUCCAUAUUUACCCUCUGACCUUCUGACUCCCAUACCCAGCCCCAUUCCUUCCACCCUUGGCCCCCCCUUCCCAGCCACCCCGGAAGCUCCUGCCAUAUUUGAUGUCUCUGGCUACCCCCAUUUCACCGCUCCCAUCACCCCCGGAAAACACCAGAAAGGAGAAAAACAUCCAGGCGUUUCUCCGUCCCCCCAACAGUGAGCCUGUGUUGGGGAGCCCCCAUCUGCCUCCCAUUCCCCAUCCUUGACUCUCUGUUUCUGUCCCCAGCUCUUGUCACCGCCUGAGACCUCGCGAGACCCUCGGGUUCCCCCUGUCCCUUCCCCCCAGGUUAGCAAUUGGGAAUGGUGGGAGGGGGUGUCCCUGAGACACCGGGCUUCUGUCCCCCACCCCAGGCACUCUCCUGCAGUUAGAAUACACCUCCCAGCCUGGGAUGCUUAGAAAAGCCAUCCCAGUACCUGGUGCUAGCAGAGCAAAAAAACAAAACAAAACAACAACAACAAAAACCACCCACCCACAUGGUCCUGAUAUAGGUUCUCAUGAGCUGUGUGACCUUACUGCUUCCUUAACCAGCAGACUCCAUCAAUUUUAGAAUCCUCCACCUCAUCCUAUGUGAUGGACUCUUGAAAGAUGUCCAUGUUGAGUGGAAUGGCUUCUGCCUUAGUCCAAGGCUACCUACCUACUGAAUUUGAAGUCAGCCUAGGCUAAAUAGUGAGUUUGAGACCAGUCUGGGCUACAUAGUGAGAUUGAGGCCAGCCUGGGCUACAUAAUUUGAGUUCAGUCUAAGAUAUACAGUAUGCUCGAUUAAAGCCAGCCUGGGCUACACAGUGAGCUCUUAUUACAUGGUCCCAGGGUAUCUCCUCCCCCUCCCUGCACCAGGCCCCCAGCUCCCCCCUGCGCAGCCCCCUCCACCAGCUGCUGCCUCCACCCCAGCCCUUGCCGCCCACCAUCCCACCUUGCCAACUGCUGCCUUUGGGCCUAAGACCAGGGGACCGUGGGGAGGGGGAGAAGAAGGGUGGGCAGGUUGGGUGGGGCGGCUUAGUGGGCACCACCCACCUCCUAAUCCUUUCUCUCCCCUUCCCUGUGUCUGCACCUUUCUUGUGGAUGCUGACUGACUGCGAUUUCUUCACCUCUCUCUCCAUCUCCUCGGCCCACCCAUCCCGCUUAUGGGUGUUUCUCCCCUCUCCACCCCUCCUCUCUCUGCCUCUGUGUCCCUGUUUGGGGUCUCUGUGUACCCUCACCCUGGCUCCUAUCCCCACGCACCCUCCCACCCUUGUCUCUGCUCCUUCCCCAGGUUACGAGAAGUCCCGCAGCCUGAGCAGCAUUGUGGGCCUGAGCGGGGUAUCCCUGCGCCUGGCGCCCCUCGCCACUCCCCCAGGCUCGCCCCGGGCCACGCGCCGAGCUCCCCCGACCCUGCCCUCCAUCCUCUAGUGCUCCCUCUCCCGUGAGGGGACUGGGGGUGAUGGGAAGGUCGAAAGGAGCUGGGAGUGGGGGCGGGGAAAGGGUUCUUUUAAAAAAAAUAGUCAUUAAUAAUAUGCAAAAGAGGUAAUGAUGCCAGCAGACACCUUCGGGCCUCUCCCCACAUACUAGAGCCUCCAGGAUAGAGGGGGUGGGGCCGGAGUCUGUUCUCCCCCUACUCUCUUCCCCCCCCCCCCCAAAAAAAAGCAAACCUCAGGUUGUCAUGAGCCAUAGGACACCCCUCCCAUCGACUCCUGUAAAUAACUAAAAGCUGAUUCCAUCUUGGGGCACCCACUCCAGUUUGCAUGCCUCCCAGACCCCCUCUUCAGCAAUAAGCCCAUCAGGAGCUGCUUGCAGUGAGUUGGAGGGGAGGCCGCCAGGAGCUUUGGGGUCGGGACUGGCAUUUUAGGGGUUUUCCUGCUCAUCCCCCAAAAUGGUGACCCACCCAUCACUAAUUGAUUCAGGAAAAACAAACAAAAACCCUCUAGGAACAUGAAGGGAAAAGAAAGCAGGUUGAUCAGCCGCAGCCUUCAGGAGCUCCGCUGGGGGUGGGGGGUUCUGCCAGCAGCUCCCGGGCUUGGAUGACUCCAGCUGGUGCAUUCCACCCACGCCCGCCUCCAGGGAUCUGCUCCCUCUAUUCACUGCAUGGACUUAGCCCUCCGGGCCCACAACCCUCCACCCUACCCUGUCUCAACUCUAUCUCAAAACAUGAGACUAGCACCCUAGACUUCCGGAGAUUGACCCUGGCACCGUGCACUCCCAUCCCUGAGCACUCCAGCGCCCCACACUUCCUACUUCCAUCACUCCCAGACCCAUCCACCACGGGCCUGGCCUGCACUGCAGUGUUCUUCCACCCUCCCAGACCCUUUCCUUGUAUCCCAGCUCACUUCCAGCCUCUGGGACCUGGCAGUCCUCAUGACCCAGACAUUGCUCAGAUAAACCCAUAUCCACUCAAGCUUCCCCAGAACCCAGACAGCCUCAGCCCCCUGACAUCACAAGCCUCUGUCCCAGGUACCUCUUCCUGGAUGGGCUCUGCCUGUCAGAUUCCAGGGAGCUCCCACCCCACCCAGCAUCUCUGUCUAGGCAGUACCCUCCUCAAAACCCGUCCCACCGAGAUGGUGCCAAAACACAGUUUCCCAGAGUGUGGGACUCCUGUUUCCUCUUCGUGUGCUGUAGUUUACAGAGCGCACAAACCACCAGGUGUUUAAAACGUGUAUGCUCCCGGCACAGCAUACCUGGCUGGUGAUACUAGCAGCGCAGGAGCUGGGUGUGACGUGUGACUCCGAGCAAGUCAAGGACAGUCAAGCACACAGCUUGCCUAACGUGCUACGGUCUGGGGUUCAAUCUCCGGCAACCACUCUUCCCCUAAAACAGCCCCAAAGUGAUCACAGAAGCUGUGGCCCGCGUAGUAGGAAGAGGACAUGCUCGGCUAGGACCUCAGCCUGCGCUUCCCCGCGUUCCUUGCCCAACACGUGCCACGUUCGCGGUGGAAAACUUUCUCAAAUCCCAUCUUGGCUCCAGUAUGCUACCUCCCCCCAAGCCCAGAGACCACACUGGUCCCAGAAUCCUAAACAAACUCCCCUUUGGAGCAGGGUGGUCGGCAGAAUUAGCAAUCUCUCCCUUGUUCCCACAGCCUCAGGGAACCCUCCCUCGGUCACCACAGUGUCAGUGGGAGUGUCCUUGGACCCAAUUCUUGAUGCAACGAUUCCUAUGCAAGGGGCGUUUUGAGUCCCCCCGCCCGCCCCCAGCCUUCCCUUGGGAUUUUAACCCUGGUGAGACGGGUUGAGGGGUAGGGUGGGAUCUGGUAGGGACAGGGCAAAGGGCUAGGGGACUCCAGACACUUGGGUAUGGGGUGAGGACUCCUAAUAUUGCCAAAGGGUUCGACUUCUUUAAACAGCCCCUACUAUCCUCCCGUCCCUCAAAAGAGACUAAUGGGGCGGGGAAAGGGGGUAAGAGUCCUUUUUGGAGGGUACCAGACACUUCUCACUGUCUCCCCCUGCUCUCCGGUUUCCCACACGUAUCCAGCUUUUUAGUUAAGCUUUUAAAGAAAAGAAAGCUACUAUCACUAUAAAUGUCUACAAAACGUGA